AUAUGCCGGAUUUUAGAACAUGAGCCAACGCCAAACUUGAGAAUAAGAGCAGAAAGUUUGAAGACAUAACUCAUAUAUUAAUGUCUGAAGGAAGCAUUAUUUGUUCACAAGGGUAACAAUAAUCAUAUUUUGAAGGGUAACAGCUUAUUAGCUGAGACUCAGACCUGACAGAAGCAAUUCGCAUCUUCUUGACUCUGCCAUCAAACAAAUAAUAGAGCUUGUGUAAGUUUAGUUGUGUCCUUGUUAACCAGAAUCAACAAAAUUGCUUUAAAAGCCCCUUUUUUUUGUCAUAACCUUAGAAUGUGUCUGAGAUGUUUAAAAGCCAACUGCCUUAGUUUAGAAUAUAUAUUGUUGCUUAUAAAGCCUUGUGUAGUUCCUUGGGGCAGGCCACAGAGACUUUUCCUGAUCUAGUAGGAGUUGAUAACUUCUGAAGAUAGACAACAUUAACAACUCUAGGAAUCUCUUCCAGUCAACUGGAUUAACAAACAAGCAAAUCUCAUGUGUAUUUAUAUAAGUGGAAGAGCUUCUGCAGACUCUUCUUCUGCAGACUUUUAUAUAAGUGGAAGAGCUUCUGCAGACUCUUCUUCUGAUGAACCUUCGGUAGAUAUCUGAAAGAACCACUCGUUUAGUUGACAACUUUCUGAAGUUAGACUGAAAUAGCCAAACAUAACUGCUUCGCCAAGUGGAGACUCGAGUCUUAAAGGCACAGUCAUGGUUGUUAUGUGAAGAGGUUUCAUCUCUGAAAGUUCUCUAUUGCUUCAAGAUAUUCAUUAGGGGGCUGGAAAAGAAUGAGAAAGUUCUUCUGGCUCAGCCACCACCAUGUCACCAUUCUACAUGAUUCUCCGAAAAUGGGGCCAAUAUAUUCUGCCUCAUCAUCACUCAAAUUCUUGUCUCACAGAAGAGACUCGGCUCGAGUAAAUCCAACUUGGGCUUGUAGCCGAAAUUUAUCAAAACAUAAUAAUAAUAAUAAUAAUAUACUAAAAAGGACGUAGCCCAUGCAAAAAGACCAUAUAGUUGUCGAGAUAAAAAAAAAAUCACAAAUCAUCAGAGGCAAGGAAAGGAGAGUCUAAACCCUAUUUUACGAUCAUGCAGGCGAAUCUCAGAUCGGUGCUCGCUCAGGUAAGUCGGGGAGGGAGAGAUGUUGGGUCUCGCCGUGAUUUCAUUUCAUACCUUGGAAACAACAGUAAGACGAAGGGAGGCAGAACAAGACCUGUCACCAGGCUGAUUAAGGAAAAGCUUCGUUUGUUUGGCAGAUCUUGGACCUAUGGAUAUUGUGCUGUCAUGAGUUGGGCAAUUAUCCAGAUGUUUGAACACCGUCGAAGGAUAGAGAUAGAUUUGGCUGAAAGAAGUGGCUCGAAACCAAAGACGAGCUUCCGUGAUGUCCUUCGUUGGUUCGGUGAUAACAAUUAAUAUUGUGUUUGAUGCUGCUGCUUGUGUUUAAGUUCGUUUAAUGCUACUGUGUGAACAAAACAAAAAUCAUAAUCUAUGGGCACUGCGUUGUAUUUAAUAUUUAUUCGUUCUGGCUUUUAUGUCUAUUGUUUGUUUGAGGUGUAGGAGAGCAUCCUCAUGUUGUGUAAGAGAAGUUUUAUCUAGUCAAACUAACGGCUUUAACUUAA